UUUCAGUGUAACGUCCUACGUCAACAAAAGAACCAGUGUCCAAAGUUCUGGUUGUGUCUGAGAGGCUGUUUUCCCCCGUUCAGUGUCUGGAGUUGAUGCGCAUGCGUAGAGCACAAUCUCCAUGAAACAAGAGCAUCACGACACUAGUAUCGAGUUGAUUCGCCUACUGCAGUACAGCACCAUGACAGGGAAGCUCACGGUCGUGCCUCAAACAUUUUCUUCAACAUGUGCAACGCUUUAAAGUUGAGCACAAAACCAUCGCGAGGGCACUUGUUCUCGAUUUUCUAAGACCUCCUUGUCGUCCAGUGGCGUGAACGAUAGUGUCACACGUAAUUACACGCCUUUCAUGCCCAUGUCGGGAUUUCUAAAAUUAGUUCAAUUCCAGAAGAAGAAAAAGAGAAAGCAAAAACAUCUCAUCUGGUAGAUAAAACAAGGGAGGCACACACACACACACAAAAAUGACUGAAAAAUUUCGCACGCCUUCCAGCAUUAACCGAAGCCCAGACAUCGACGCUGGAUGGGCUUGGGUUAUUGCUGUGGCUUCCAUUUUUGCGGCAGCGAUUUCGUCGGGAGUCUACUUUACUUUCAGCAUGUAUUUCCCCAUACUUCUUAACGAAUUUGAAGCGUCACGCGCUGCCACCGCCUGGGUCGGAUCGCUCAAUAAUGGCGUGUACAUGUUAGCAGGUCCGAUAGCUACAUUAUUCAUACAGCGGAUUGGCUGUCGUCGGACAGUUAUGGUCGGUGGGAUGACAUCUAUGAUUGGUUUAGCGUUAAGCAGCUUAGCCCCAAAUCUUGUAACGCUCUUUUUUACUUACGGUGGGAUAACAGCAUUUGGACUUGGUCUUAAUUACACGUCGUGGAUCGUUGCCAUCUCGGACAGUUUCAAUAAGAAACACGCAGUUGCGUUUUCGCUGAGCCAAUCGGGUGUUGGAUUGGGCAUUUUCGUGUUCGGUCCGCUCUUCAGUUUUCUUAUCAGCAUUUACGGAUGGAGAGGUGCGAUGCUCAUCACCGGUGCCUGCACGUUCCAGUUGACAUUUUUGGGCGCUUUGAUAUUUCCACCGAGAAUCCCAAAAGAAAUCGUCAGCUGCGAAAGCUUGCCACUCGCGAACGAUAAAAUUUGCACAGACGAAGAAGUUAAGACGAUAUUAAAUACUCUAAACGCGGAAACCCCUGCACUUGAUGACCUUCCCACCGCUGUGUCGUUAAAGUGGAUGACCCAUUGCUGUUGGAUGCUACAUCUCAGCUGCUUUCUUUGGUCUGUGGCUACAUCGAUACCGUACAUUCUACUGGCAGAUUAUGCGCGUUCCCUCGAUCUUGUCGAAUAUUAUAUCAUUAUGCUGAGCACUAUGGGAAUAGGUGAUCUCGUAUGCCGUUUAGUUAUCGGGCCACUUGUGACAGUCUGGAAAUUGGACGUAACGAAAGUGUACGCCGUUUCUCAGCUGGUGUGUGCCAUUGCGAUCGCUUCAUUUCCAGUCGUUGUCAACGGGAUCCAAAUGAUUAUCCAAGGUUUUUUAUUCAGCGUUACGUUUGGCUGUCAGUGUUUAUUGCUUGUGUUGCUCAGCUCUCGUACCGCGCUCUCUUUUUGGAAGCCAAAAUUUAAACCGCAUUUUUGGAAUUACUAUGUUUUUCGGAGGUAUUGGAAUCCUCAUCGGACCGCCAAUCGCUGGAUUGCUAGUGGACAGUACGCCGGGAAGGUCGUACUGGGUGGCGUUUGUUUUUGCAUCCGUUAUGGAACUGCUAGCAGCAGCGGCUACGAUUGGUUGUUUGUUCUUUGCCAAACGAAAAUGUUAAAGUGUCUUUCAGCAAUAAUUUCCAAUUUUUUUAAAUGUACUUUGUUAGUAAAUUUUGACAUGAAAUGGGUGAAAAUGCGCGCAAUUUUGAAAAUAGAUACGUUUUAUUCAGAUCAAAAUUUUGGAAUUACAGGUUUACGGUUAUUCGUUAUGGGUCAGUUGUGGCAAAGGUUCAAUACCUUGAGGAAUAGCUACCGUAAGAUUUAGGCUUCUCGUACUUGUCGUAACCGUAAGACGGGGCUUCAUAACCAUAACUUCCUUUCUUGUUGUAUCCGUAAGGAGAACCGCCGUAGCUUUCUUUCUUAUCGUAUCCGUAAGGCGAGGCAUCGUAACCAUAGCUUUCUUUCUUAUCGUAGCCGUAAGAUGGGGCAUCGUGACCAUAUCCACCUUUCUUCUCGUAGCCAUAGGAUGGAGCACCGUAGCUUGGUUUCUUGUCAUAACCGUAAGGAGGAGCACGAUAACCAUAACUGGGCUUCUUGUCAUAACCAUAAGGGCCAGCACCAUAGCCGUAAUCCUUAUCGUACCCUUUCUGGCCAUCGUAUCCACCAUCGUACUUGACCGUGUAAGAAUAGGAUCCUCCGUAUGGUGCGUAACCCUUAUUUCCACCGUACGGAUCGCUGGCCAUCGUAACGGCCACAAGA